AAGUUACGACACUUUUUUUUUUUACGCCUUGUAAUAAACGUGAGAUCGGGAGAGAAAUAGUAAACUCCAUCAAGGGAAAAAAAUAUAUAAAAUAAAUCCGAGACGACCCGCGAGUUUCUAUGGCUUCGUAGUCUUAUGAAUAUUAAGUAGCUGCGGUAGGACUCCAUAAAACCGGAACUUGUGACGGGACGGGUCACGUUCGGCAUCCGAACAAGAGGCAACAUCGCGCCGGUCUUUCGUCAGACGCGCGGCGGGGACUCAAGAGAGAAGGAACGAAGGAAGCAAGAAAGGAAGGAAGGAGACACCAUGGCUCUCAGGGGACAUCUGCUCAGAUUUGCCCGCACUCGGGCGCUCGCAGGCGGCCAGCCCAGCCGAGCCCAGUCGGUGGCGGUGCUGGGGGCUCCCUUCUCGCGAGGACAGAUAAGAAGAGGCGUGGAACACGGGCCUAAAGUCAUCAGGGAUGCUGGGCUCAUCGAGCGGCUCUCCGGUUUAGAUUACGCCGUGCACGACUUUGGUGACCUCAGUUUCCACCACCCGGAGAUGGACGAACCCUACAUGAACGUGAAGUUCCCUCGCACAGUGGGCGCUGCCACGAAGAAGCUGUCAGGCGCUGUGAGCAGAGCGGUGGGCGCCGGCCACACCCUGGUCAUGCUGGGCGGGGACCACAGCCUUGGUAUUGGAUCAGUGGCAGGCCACGCCCAACAGUGUCCUGACCUGUGUGUCAUCUGGAUUGACGCUCACGCCGACGUGAACACGCCCUUGACAUCGCCGUCGGGGAACCUCCACGGCCAGCCGGUGUCGUUCAUGCUCAAAGAGCUGCAAGACAAGAUGCCAGACCUCCCGGGGUUCUCUUGGGUGAAGCCGUUCCUCAGUUGCAGGGACCUGGUGUAUAUCGGACUUAGGGAUGUGGACCCUGGCGAGUACCACAUCUUGAAGAACUUGGGCAUCCAAUACUUCACCAUGAGGGAUAUCGACAGACUCGGCAUCCAGAGGGUCACCGAAGUCGCUCUGGACCACGUGCUGGCAAGAAAACAAAGACCCAUUCACUUGAGCUUUGACAUCGACGCGUUCGACCCGUCUCUGGCUCCCGCGACGGGAACGCCGGUGAAUGGAGGGUUGACCUACAGGGAGGGCAUCUACAUCACAGAGGAAGUUCACAAUACAGGUCUGCUGUCGGUCAUGGACCUGGUGGAAGUGAACCCCAUGGUGGGGGUGUCCCGGGCGGCCGUGGAGGCCACCGCCUCACUGGCCGUGGACGUCAUCGUGUCGUCCCUAGGGCAGACGAGAGAAGGCGCCCACGGGGUCAUUGAUGAGAUCCCCUCGGCGAAAGAAGACGACACAGAGCAGCUUUGCCUCUGAGAGCUCAGAGCGAAAAGCCACGGACUUCUUGCGCCACCCUCGAGCAUUCCAAAGUGUUGCAUCCAAGAGUGCAAAAAAAAAAAAAAAAAAAAAAAAAAACAAACAAACAAAACAAAAAAAACAAUCGAAGUAGCUAGGGUAUUAUAGUUUUUUUUGGUUCGCUCUCUUCAUUGUGUUGUAUUUCACUGUGGAAAGUAUUUGUAUGUCUUUGUCUCGUAAGGUUUGCCAUGUAAAGCCUAGACAUUAAUUUAGACAGCACACUAACUUAUUUUGGUAUUUUAUGUAAGAAUGCAUGGAUGCCUGCUAUUUAUUUACAAGCAAAUAAACCUGCCUCAAAGGUGUGAUUAAACAUAAACUGACAGUGUUUUUGUAGCUUUAGUUAAAAGUAGAACUCAUGUUUGCACUUUUGGACCAGCUGUGGUUACUGUAUUUUGCUGAUGAUUUAAUUUUGUCAUUUACAAUGAAACUACUAAAUAAUACAUAUGUGUGAGAGUAUAACUAUGUUAAAAAAACGCUGACUCAAAGGCUUUAAGGUAAAACUUCAGACUGAUAGACGGUUACAUUCUUGUAUUAAAGAGUUUAUUUUCUGGUCUUCCA